AUGUGCGGACAGGGGCGAGUUUCUCGCUAUGCUGCGGUGGUGGAGACCCCGGAAGAUGUGCAAGCCACCCUGAAAUUCGUGAGGAAGCACAAUAUUCGCCUCGUUGUCAAAAACACCGGCCAUGACGUGACAGGCAAAUCAAGCGCCCCGGAUUCUCUGCAGAUUGCUACUCAUCGGCUCAAAGACAUCAAGUACGUGUCUGACUUUGUCCCGAGCGGCGCGAAGGCCCAUCAUUCCGGCGGACCUGCGGUCACCAUGGGUGCAGGCGUAAUAGGGUUAGAGCUGAACUCCGCAGGGGCCGCUGGCGGAUACCUCGCUAUUACAGGUAUUUGUAGCACAGUUGGCACUGCGGGAGGAUAUAUCCAAGGUGGUGGCGUAUCGGUGCUGAACCGACCUUUUGGAUUGGCCUCGGACAAUGCUCUCCAGUUCACUGUAGUUACAGCAGAUGGAGAUCUGGUCGUGGCCAACGAGUUCCAGAACAAAGAUUUGUUCUGGGCCCUCAGAGGCGGCGGCGGCGGCACCUUCGGGGUAGUCAUAAACGUGACGAUCCGGGUCUAUCCAGACAUUUCGGCUGUCCAUACUCUGUUAACCAUUACUCAACCCACCGGGAGCGAGAAGUUCUGGGAAGCCGCUCGCGAGCUCUUCGCUGCGCAGCCUACUCUAGCCGCAGGACGCAACCACGUCCGAAUCUCCGUGUACCCAGUCAGCCUUAAUGACUCGUCCACGGGAACUCUUGACCUGGAAGCGACCCUGUACAACACCACUGUGACAGCAACAGAUGAGAAAUUCGCUCCGCUGCGUGAAGCCCUCACCAGGGCUGCUAUAUCCCAUGUAUUCCAGUCCGACCACCUCCCCAGUCUCGGCACAUACCUAAAGAACCCGCAAUACGUCAACGCAGGCGGCAUGGGCCACGUCCACGGCUCGGUCCUGGUAUCAGAAGACUUCCACCACACAGACGACGCUCCAUCAAAGUUAGCUGACACCCUCUCCAAGCUACAAGCAGCACCAGGCAGCACGAUUGAAGUCACCACGUUCGGCGGUGGUCAGGUCAAGGCAAACAAGAACAUCGUCGAUAGUGCUGUGCACCCCGCAUGGAGGGAGGCACUAACAGUGAUCGAUCUAUUCGUUAACCUGCCGACGAAUUCCAGCUUCGAGAUGCAGCGGACGGCUCAGAGUUUCUUGACAGGAGUUCAAAUGCCGCUUCUGCUUUCCCUGGAGCCUCGGAUGGCGUCGUAUGUCAAUGGCGCGAAUUCUCAGCAGGAGGAUUUUCAGUGGCGGUUCUGGGGGGACAACUAUAAGCGGCUGUACAAGAUCAAGCAGGACUGGGAUAAAGAUGGGCUGUUUAUCUGUACCAUGGGUGUUGGAAGUGAAGAUUGGGAUGAAGAGGGGAUGUGUAGGAAGAAGUCCGGGUAA